AUGGUGUCACAGUUGCAAACGCUGCAAACCUUUCGGCUGGCCGCGUGGCUUUGGAAUUAUCACGGGUUAUUCUUACGUGCCGACCUCGAAAACCAGGGACUGGCAAAUGUGAACACCUUCCGAGAAUUUCCAAGGGCUUUGAGCGAGGCGCGCUGGAUACUCUCUUUCACUUACCUACAAAUCCUGCUCAACAUGUCAUCGCCGGCUGCCGACUCACGAGGGCGGCCGAUGUCAGAAAACUCGGCCUCUUCGCCCUCCAGAGCGACAUUUAAGACCUUUGGCCAAGAGUACCAGUACGCCGAGACCUUGCAGAAUCCUUUCCCCGAAGUCAUAUUUUCUGGGCCGGCAAAUACAGCCACCAGCGCAGCAUCGACGUCGCCAGCCGCGGUCGGCGGCAUCGACGGCACCAACGACAGCCCAGCCGAUAAUGACACCCGCUCUUCCCUCCGCUUUGGCACACCGGGCAGUAAGGAGCCAGCGAUGCACGAGGAUGUUUGGGUUGAGCCCGCCGAGGCACCCUGGUACAAGACCAUCUCGCGGGGAAGGUGGGCUGCUAUCAUCAUCUGCACCGUGGGCAUCACCGGCGUCGUGCUGGCGAUUCUGGGCGCCAUGAACAAGCUCUCAGGAGAAAGGUCCGACUCCAGCGACCCCAGCCCCGAUUUCCCGACACCCAUCGAUAUGUCCGCUGACCAAGCCAGCUCCUCUAAUACCCCGUCUCCCGCCGAGAGCACAUCGGCCACCCCCACCACGCUCGUGACCUCAACCACCUCAGGCAACGCAAAACCACAAACACCCCCAACCACCAAAAUCGACUGCCACGACCCCUCCAGCUUCCUGACCCCCAUCUCCUGGAUCGGCACCACCGUCGGCGCCUACAAAACCGAGUUCGCCUUCGACCGGCCAACAAGCCGCCUCGGGCUGCUGCAGCGCGUGCCAGGACCGCGCAGAGGGCGGGCCGACAAGGGCGACGCCAAGAGCUGCCCGCGCGGCCGCGCGGCCACGACCUUCUUUCUGGCGGGCGUGGCGGAGGACGGGAGCAAUGGCACGGCGGGCAUGGGGCCCUGCGCGUUGGAGGGGCAUGUUGCUUGA